AUGGACCAAAAGUCAGAUCAAGUUGUUGAGUUAGAAAGUGAAGUCAUUCUUAGAGUUCCAACGGUAAUAUCUAAUUAAACAUUAGUUGGUUGUUUAAAAAGUCUUUAUUUGAAAAAUAUAAUAAACAUAUAAAAUAGAUACUUGUUUAAUCAGAUACAUUAGUAAAAAGGCUGAUCUACUAUUUUGUCUUAAUUAUCAGAAAUUCUCUGAAAACCCGAAGUAACUAAGUUAAUUUUGUUAAAAAAUAAUUAUUUCAGAUAAAAUGAUUUCCUCAUUUAGUUGGUUUCUCUAUUAAGUGGAGUUAACUGUGUGUGAGGGUGUAUAUAUAUUUUUCACUAUUCACCUUUAUGCUUUAUUCGAGUUUAUAAAAAAAAAUAUCUAGUUUACUUAUAUAGUUGUUACGUCAUAUUUUAAAUACAUGUAUAAUAAUUAAUCACUUAUAUACUAUCUAUUAUAAAAUAUAAAUGUACCACUACAAAAAUGAUAUUCCACUAUUAAAAAAACCCUAAAAAAACUUAUAAGUGGAAUAUUUCAUAAAGAGAAUGUCACACCCUCAUCUAGUACCUCAGUCCAACUACCGAGUAAUUUAUAAAAACAAUACUUUUGCAGAAUAAGUAAGACUUGCCUAAUUUUAAUUUUAUAAUAAAAUUACCUAUUAUAAAAUUUAUAGAGAGCAAUAUAUUUGAGGGAAUGUCAGGUUUUUUGAUUUAUAAAUUAUUAAACCAGUUAUUUUUAAAUUAUUUUAAAAAAAAGUAUUUGUAUUUUUUAUAUUGAGCUAUAUAUUUUGAAUAAUAAUAAAACCCCAAGACAUUUUCUCCAAAAUAUUGUUCUCUAUAAAUUUCAUUACAGGUACUUUUACUCUAAAAUCAAAAUUAAACUACUUUUACUUAUUCUGAGUAAGCAUUGUUUUUGCAUGUUACCCAGUAUUUGGACUGAGAUAGUAGAUAUGGGUAUAACAUCCUCUUAAUGGGUUGACAAAAUUAAAAAAUGUUGAUAUCAAAAUUUAUUUACAGUAAUAAUUGCAUCUAUUUAUAGAAUUUUUAAUAUAGACUCAUUUGAAAAUUCAAAAUUGGUAUCACUACAGAACACUCCUUAAAUUUUGUGAAAAAUCUAAGUAUUCAAAAAUAUUGGUUUUUAAUACACUUAAAAAUUCUAAAAUUUAAAAUUUGAAUAUUUGAAAAAUUUAACAAAAAAAUUGGGUAAGCUCACUUUGUGAAUCUUCCUGUAUAUGUAUUUGUGUUAUGAAAAUGGCUUACAGACAGAACAAAAUAUGUAUUAUACCUACAGGGUUUGUCUUGUUAGUUUAAUAUUAGUAUUGCACCUUGGUAUAUCAUAAACAAUGUUUGCAUCAUGACCUCUGAAUUCUGACAUUAAACAAGCUUGUAACUAUUACCUACAAAAAAAAUCACUAGCCACCCAAACUUUCUUGUCAACUACCACAAUCUAAACAAAUUUUCGGAAAACCCACUCAGACCCCUUAAAGGAACCUGAUUUUUCCUUAAAAAUGUCCUUUUUAGAAGUACUGCCAUUAGAUGACUGCCUUGAUCUUGUCUUUCUUCCUGUGCCUUUCUUUAUAAUAUUUGUUUAUUCUAACUCAAAUUGCAUAUUGUAAAUAUAAUUUUAUUAUAAUAUAAUAUACAAUAUUUGUAUUAUUUAAUUACCAAUCAGUAUUCACAAAGUUGUAUUUAAUAUAAUUUUUUAUAGUACAAUUAUAUAUAACUAUCAAUCUGUAAAAUUGGUGCAAUAAGGCUUAAUUUAAAAAAAAAAAAUUGUUGGGAAUUUAGAUUUUAAAAUUAGCCUAUCCUAAAACUAAGGCCUACAAUUUCCCAAAAUCUAUAAUUAAUUUAAUACAUUAAAAAAAAUAAAUAUUGACAUUGACAAUUGGUCUUCUUACACCAAGCUACAAAUGUGCAUUAAUUUUGUGAGUUUUGUGUUCAAGUAUGACAUGAACUUGUUUAUUGAGGAUUACUAUCUUCUAUGAAAAAAAAUGUGUAUAUAUUUUUUUUUUUAGGAAGCAGCUAGUACAUUAAGAGAAUUGAUUAAAAAAGAUGCUAAAGACCAAAUAAGUAUUAAAUUGGAAAAUGAUAUUCGAAGAGGUGAAGUUUUCAUUGGAAAUCAUCAUUUAUUUGCAAAGGUUACAUUAUUAUUUAAGUAUUUCUUAUAUAAAUAUAUAUUUAAUUGGCUACAUUUUGUAUUUAUCAAGUGUCAUCUAUUUAUGUUUAGUAUAAUUAUUACAUUUUCAAGUAUAAUAUAAAUACACUUAAUGCAACAUUUUAUAUGUUAGGUUGUUCUGUUUUUCCCAGGGGUGUUGUAUCAUUGAAGAUUUCUAGUUUUUAUUUUAAUUCUAAAAGCAACUACUAUUAAUUUUUUAAAACAUCAGAUUUAGUAUUGCAAAAAUCAAAAGAACUUUUGAACUACACUUGUACAAAUUUUAUAGUUUUUUUUUUUUUUAAGAAAUUUAAAAUAGAUGCAAAUAAAUUAUUAUUUAAAUUAAUUAAUUCUUAAACUACAGGUUGUUGAUUUACCAACUAUUAUUGAAGGACAAAAAACCAUUGACAACAAGACAGUCUAUAAAACGGCAGAUAUAUGUCAGGUAAAAUAUAAAUAUAGUAUUUAUUUAUUUAAUAGUUGUGUUUUACAUUAUAUUUAAUAUGUAAUAUAUACAUAUUAUAAAGUUCAUUGUUUGAAUUAGUAGAAAAAUAAGAAUUUGGAGUUUUUGAAUUUAGGAUGGUUGGAAAUAUAUUGUAUUGAUUUCAUAUAAAAUAAUGAUUAUCAGAUUAAAAGUUAUUUUAUAAAUUAUAUAUAUAUUAUAAUAUUAAAUAUAUUCAUAAAACGCAAGACAAUACAAAUAUAUUUAUUUUUUUAAACAUUUUAUUCAAGGUCUUUAAUAUUAAUUUUUAUAAUAAAUGUUAUUUGUAUUACAUUAAACAUCUUUACAGAUGAUAAUAUGUAGAGAAGAUAAAGAAUUUUUAUUGUCCGAUGAAGAUGAUAAAUCAAAAGUAUUAAAGAAAAAAGAACCCAAUAAAGUUGAUAAAAAAUAUUUAUGGCCACAUGGUAUAACCCCUCCAUUAAAAAAUGUACGCAAACGAAGAUUUCGUAAAACCUUAAGGAAAAAAUAUGUUGAAGCUCCAGAAAUUGAAAAAGAGGUUUUACUUAUAAUUAAUACAGUUUUAUUUGUAUAAUUUAAUUUUAAGUACAAUUUUAUUACUAUUUAGGUUAAAUAUCUUUUAAAAAUUGAUAGUGAAGCAACAAGUGUUAAAUGGGAAGUAGUAUCUGAAACAGAAGUUCAAAACAAUAGGAAAAUUAAAGAAGAGCCUUUUAUGCAAGGUGAAAUGCAUAAUGAUAUAAAACAAGAUAUUGGUAAGAUUUAAUUUGAGCUUUUAAUAAUAUUUAAAGAUCUAUACUGAUAAGUUUGUUUUUUUAAUCUACUUAUAUAUACAUAUACAGGGUGAUCAAUUUAUCAUCAGACACUCAUUGUUUUGGAAAGUAUUAAUUUUUUUUCGACAUUUGUUUUAUAAACAAUUUUAGAAACAAGCUGAUUUAAAAUUUUAUAUUUAUGUUAUUUUUUGUCAUCCUUAUUUUUGGAGGUAAAACCACUACCAAUUUUUGAUUUUCAAAUAGGUUGCCUAUAUUAAAAAUUCUAUAAAUAGAUGGAGUUAUAGUUAAAAUAAAUGUUGAUGUAUUAAUUUUUAAUUUCCGUCAAUCCGUUGACGAGAUAUUCUACUUUUAAGUUUUGGUUGGGGGAUAGUAGUUGUACAAAACACUGCGUGAUGUGCCACUACACAAAUGAUGCUACACCCCCGACCCAAACUUAAAAGUGAAAUAUCUCAUCAACAGCUUGACAGAAACAAAAAAUGUCAGCACAAAAAUGUUUUUUUAACUUAUCUCCAUCUAUUUAUGGACUUGUUAUUAUAGGUUGUCAUUUGAAAAUCAAAAGUAGGUAAUGGUUUUUCCCCCCAAAAAUAAGGGUGAAAAAAAAUAACAAAUAUAAAAUCGUAGAGCUGUUUGUUCCUUAAUUGUUUUAGAAAACAAAUUCCAAAAAAGACUUAAUAUUUUCCGAGAUAAUGAGUAUUAAUAUAGGUUGCCUUUUGAAAAUUACAAGUAGGUAGUCGUUUCCCCCUAAAAAUUAGGGUGACAGAAGUAAUGUUAAAUUUUAGAACAGCUUGUUUCCUAAAUGUUCUUUAAAAAACAAUUUUUAAAAAAGUUAACAUUUUCUGAGAUGAGUUUCUUACAAUAGAUUGAUCACCCCGUACUUCACCUAAAGUACCAUCUGAAAUUUGUUAAUUAUGCAAUUCAUCGUAAUUAUAUAAGUAAUGUGUAGUUAAUAUUUAACCAGAGUAAUAAUCAUGAAGUUAUGAAACAUAAAUUAUACUGUCUCAAUUUUUGGAAAAUUAAUAGAAAAUCUGGUGUUAAUUUGGUAUGCGUUCUACAAGUUUUGGUCGUUUUAUUCUUGGUUUAUAUUCGGUAUAAGGUUAUUGCGUUAUUCACCGUCAGUUGUAUAUAUUAUUAUCUGUUGAGUAUUUCAAAUUAUUAUCUUAUAUUACAUUAUAUUAUAAUUAUUCUAACCUAUAGUAAUAUAUUAUAAAAUAACAGUCAUCAACCUUCAAACAUUUUUAAAAUUAUUUUGUUUAUUAUGCAUGAAUUAUGAUUUUUUUGUGUAUUGUUUAUUAAUUGUAAUUCUAUUGUGUGAUACUAUUUGGUGGGUUUUAUUUUAUUACAGUAAUGUCAAAUGAGAUUGUGUUUUAUCAUUUGCAGUCUAAUUUCAAUUACUAUUUAAUUGCUGUCAAUUCUUGGUAAGUCUUGACCUUUUUCUUGUCUUAUUGGAUGACAUUCAGAAUAUGAAUCAACCAUAAAAUACAAUUUUAUUGUCAUUAAUCAGUCAAAUUACAUAAAUAUGAAAUUCCCAGUAAACAUAGUGACAUUAUGUAAACAUACUAAGUCAGAAACUUGUCUGUAGAGCGCAUUCCCAAUUUAACACUGAAAAUCAUAUACUAUUACUAGUUCUUUUAAAUUCUAGUAUAUUAUGUGUAAAAUAAUCAUAUUGUUAUUUAAACAUUUGGUUUUUAUUAGCUGAACGAGAUAUAUUUGGCGAAGCACUUAGUGAUUCUGACGAAGAAGCUGGUAAUAUAAAUAUAAUGGAUAUGGAUGAAGAUAUGAGUCAUUUAACUGCUGAUGACAGUCGUUUGUCUGAUACUAAUUCAUUAAUGGUACAUGUUUUAGUAAAAAAAACAUUAAAAAAUAUACUCUAUUGUGUGUACUUAAUUCUGAAUUUAGGAAGAAAAACCUUUAAUUUCGGGAAAUCAAGAGCUUGUCACAGAAUUUACCAAAGAAAUGUUUAUAUCUGAUGAUAAUUCCCAACAUGAAAUAAAAAAAGAACAUGGCAUGGAUUCCACUUUAGAUGAAAGUAUAGGUUAUAGAGAUGAUUUAGGUGAAGAUCUUAAAUCUGAGUUAGAUCAUAGUGAUGAUAGUAAACUGGGCGAUGCACCAGUUUUAUCAACAUUAGUUCCAUUAGAAACUGGGAAUGUAACUGGUGGUAAGGAUAAAUUCAAUCUAAUAAUCUCAUAAAUCAAUGUUAUUUAAUUAUUAUUGUUUCAGAUAUUAAGCAUAAAAUUGAUCAGCUACAACAGGAAAUUGUAGAUCUUAAAGAACGUAAAAAACAACAGGAUAUGGAGAUUGCAAAUAUUGAAAACAUAAAUUUAAGAGAACGGUUUAUUAAUAUAUCUAAUAAUUUACUUACUGAACAACUAGAAAAAGAACAACAGGUAUUUAUGUUUUUUUUUUUUUAAAGAAGUACCUAUAGUUGUAAAGUUUAUACUUACUUAAUUCCACCACAAUAAGUUAUUGAUUUUAAAAUAUAUACUAGAUAUUCUUAUUACCUAUUUGAGUAAAUCAUAAAUAAUAUUCAUCAUUAUUUGGUACAUUUUUGAAUAUUUAUAGGUACUAAAAUAACAUGUGAUGAAAUCUUGAUUCUUUUAUAUCUUUUUUUUAAAAAUAUAUUUAUGUACUUCUUUAAUAUUGACUUUGAAGGCUAUUCAGGGGUGAGAUAUUAUAUUUUGUGUUAAUUUGUGCCAGGUAAUUAGCAUAGUCUUAUUAGGUGAUUAUAUUGUCUUUGUUGUGUACUCUUAAUAUCAUUUAGGAAAAUUCGCCACGUACGGAAACAACUUCUCACUAAUAAUUUUAUUAUUUCAUUAUCAAUUGCAUUAUUUAAAAAUAGAACUAAGUUACAUUAAAGUUAUUACAAUAGUAUUUUACUAUUCUUAAUCAAGAUAUAUUUUAAAGUUAGCUCUUAUAGUUUAGAUAAUUUUAAUUAUAUUUUGUAAUAUUUUAUGAAAUUUUUUUUACUUUGAAUGUUAAAAUGAUUAUUUGUUAUUUGUUUAUUUAUAGAUUCAAGAGCUUCAAUCUUUUCUACUUUAA